CCGAGUGGUUUUACCUUGCUCAGUGCAAGAGUAUCAAGUUGGGCAACUUUAUUCUGUGGCAGAAGCAAGCAAAAAUGAAACGGGAGGUGGUGAAGGAAUUCAAGUCUUGAAAAAUGAGCCUUAUGAGAAGGAUGGCGAGAAGGGGCAAUAUACGCACAAAAUCUAUCAUUUAAAGAGUAAAGUUCCUGGCUUUGUGAGGAUGAUUGCUCCAGAAGGCUCCCUGGUUUUCCACGAGAAGGCUUGGAACGCAUAUCCCUACUGUAGAACAAUUGUGACAAAUGAAUACAUGAAAGACGACUUCUUCAUAAAAAUUGAGACCUGGCAUAAACCAGAUCUGGGGACAUCAGAAAACGUGCACAAUUUAGAUCCAAACACAUGGAAGACGGUUGAAGUUGUCCACAUCGACAUUGCAGAUAGAACUCAAGUAGAGCCAGGAGACUACAAAGCUGAUGAAGACCCUGCGUUAUUCCAGUCAGUUAAAACGAAGAGAGGACCUUUGGGGCCAAACUGGAAGAAGGAGCUGGCAGCUGAUGAAGAGUGUCCAAAAAUGUGUGCUUAUAAGCUGGUGACUAUCAAAUUUAAAUGGUGGGGACUGCAGAACAAAGUGGAAAACUUCAUUCAGAAGCAAGAAAAAAGGAUAUUUACCAACUUCCAUCGCCAGCUGUUCUGUUGGAUUGACAAGUGGAUUGACCUGACCAUGGAAGACAUUAGGAGAAUGGAGGAUGAAACCCAAAAGGAGCUGGAAGCGUUACGUAAUCAAGGCCAAGUCAGAGGAACAAGUGCUGCCAAUGAUGAAUGAUGAUGGAUUUAACCGUCACAUGCAGUGUUGAUAUACAGAUGUGUGUGUGGAUGCAUGAUUAUUUGUAUAUAAUUAUAUAUACGCACAUGCAUACGGAAGGGGUUGUUACAGUGUCUCCAGGGUACUAUACCUGUAUCCUCAGCAAAGAUUCAAAGGAAACUGCUUUCAUUAUGUAUACCCGAAGCAAAUAAAAAUCAACUGAGUAGUGUCAUUUAAAGGAUGAACUAUGCUAACUGGUAUGUUUCAUGAAUGUCAAUACUGGACCAAUUUAUUCCCUACUUGGGGUUUUUUUUUUCCUGUCUUUUGUCCCUCUGCUAUAACUUGCCCAUAUCUCAUUGUAAAGAAAGAGAUUCAAAUAAGUUAAUUUCAGUUUUGUGUCUUCCCUAUGUGAUUAUUUUUGGAAUAGGAACAAUGAAUGUAUUUAUAGCUAUUUAUUUCUGGAUAGUCAUUAUCCUAUAGUCACAUCAGAAAAAAAUUUCUAUUAGUGGAAAUUGGAAGAUUUUUACUGUUGAAUAAGUUUUACCCAAACUUUUCCCAUUCACUGAUUUAAAGGAAAAAAAAUCAUGUUUUAUUGGACUUUUGUACAUGGAAAUGCUAAUUAAUGGUUUUUCUUCAUUAAAAUUGGCAAAUUAAGGACAAA